AGACAAUCCUUGUACAUUUUGAUAAAUGGUAAAUAUGUACCUACAUAAGAGGCAACAAAUGUAGGUACCACAUUGUUUUUUAUACCUUUGAGGCGAAUAAUAAGCAUAUAUUUGAAUAAAUGUGUUUAAAAAAAACGAACUUAUAUUGAUCGUCUCCUACGUAACGCAAAUCCUACGGAAUGCCACCAAUCCUGAAUCUGAUAUUCGAGUAUUUCGUUGAAAAAAUAUGCACUACAAUAAGGUUCAUUUUUAUCACUUUAGCUGUGCUGCAAAAUAGUGGUGAACAUGAAUGUGUGAAUAAACGAGAAUGUCAUUCUGACUGGUGUUGCCGUUAUCGUAAUAACAGCUGACUCAUUGUUGACAUUAAAUAAAUUAUAUAUUUUACGUUCAUGUUGUGACAUGUAGUCCUUCUCCUAACUUGUUAUGUGGUGAAUGAGUGUCUUACACGACGGAGCCACCCGAAGUGUCUUUUCGCAUGAUAAAAUAAUUUAAGAAUAUUAUCUGUAAGCUCUGCGUAUUUUCUUCAAGACAAUAGAAUAGAAGACAAUAGAAACAGCAAAGUAAAAGUUUUUAUAAUUACAUAAAACUCCAUUGAAAGAAGUAUUUUUUGGCAAGUUCUGGGUCUGUUUAUUCUUCUUGACCUAACUACUUAAUUCUACAUGAAUUAAAUAUUAUGUGUUUGACUAGUAACACAUAACAUGCAUUUGGUGGUAUACAUAAGUACUAUGAUUAAUUUAUCUGUGGCCUGGUUAUGUUAAGAUUUUUAUGUUACAAUUACCUAAUAGGUCAUCAUAUGAACCAUCGGCAAGUGCACUACCAAAAGGACUAACUUUAUUUACCAAAGUUAUUAAACAAAGUAAAGUUUCAUUAUGGGUCCACCAAAGAAGUUAAAAAAAUAUGAUUCCCGAACAGGAAGUGACAGAUCAGGCAAGAAAAAGAAAGUGGAAGAAGAAAUGACAAUAGAUUUGGUUGAUGAUGAUAACACGGAAAAUGUUGGAGUACCUGGAGCAGCCAUGCAGGAUGCUGAGAAAAAUGAUCAGGUGCCUGAGGACGAAUUUGGUGCCAAAGAUUACAGAAGUCAAAUGGAAUUGAAAUCUGACAACACAAGUCGGCCCCUGUGGGUUGCGCCAAAUGGUCAUAUUUUUUUAGAAGCGUUUUCACCAGUGUACAAGCAUGCUCAUGACUUUUUAAUUGCCAUUGCUGAGCCUGUGUGUAGACCACAACACAUUCACGAGUACAAGCUAACAGCAUACAGUCUAUACGCAGCAGUGUCUGUGGGUCUGCAGACCGCAGAUAUAAUUGAGUACCUGCAAAGACUGAGCAAGUGUACAGUACCUGCUGGCAUUGUGGAGUUCAUAACAUUGUGUACUCUAUCUUAUGGCAAAGUAAAGCUUGUACUUAAACACAACAGAUAUCUUGUGGAGAGCAAACACGUGGAGGUUUUACAAAAGCUGCUGCGUGAUCCAGUGAUUCAACAAUGUAGAUUGCGUCGCGACGGCGAUGACGAUCUACUGUCGUCAGCUCUUCCUAACAAACCUGCUGCUGUGAAACCAGGGGAGAGUAGUGAGAAGCCGCCGGCGGCUAACGGAGCGGUGCCUGAUGAUAUCAGCCAGUUCUACCAGCAGCUGGACAAGGAGGACGACGACGACGAGGCCACCGACAUCACCGCUAACACUGCUGUCGCUUUUGAAGUAGAUCCCGAUAAGAUUGAGGUCAUACAAAAGCGUUGCAUCGAGUUGGAGCACCCGCUGUUAGCCGAGUAUGACUUCCGUAACGACUCCAUAAACCCAGACAUCAACAUAGAUUUGAAGCCCACAGCCGUGUUGCGGCCUUACCAGGAGAAAAGUCUAAGGAAGAUGUUUGGAAACGGAAGAGCACGGUCGGGUGUGAUCGUGCUGCCGUGCGGCGCGGGCAAGUCGCUGGUGGGCGUGACGGCCGUCUGCACGGUGCGCAAGCGCGCGCUCGUGCUCUGCAACUCCGGCGUGUCCGUCGAGCAGUGGAAGCAGCAGUUCAAGUGCUGGUCCACGGCCGACGACAGCAUGAUCUGCAGAUUCACAUCAGAAGCUAAAGACAAGCCAAUGGGCGCGGGCAUCCUGAUUACGACGUACUCGAUGAUCACGCAUGGACAGCGGCGCUCUUGGGAAGCUGAACAGACCAUGAAGUGGCUGCAGGCGCAGGAGUGGGGGCUGGUCGUACUGGACGAGGUGCACACCAUCCCCGCCAAGAUGUUCCGCCGCGUACUCACCAUCGUGCACUCGCACGCCAAGCUCGGUCUUACUGCUACACUGCUUCGAGAAGACGACAAAAUUGCUGACUUGAACUUCUUGAUCGGGCCUAAGUUAUACGAGGCCAACUGGCUAGAGUUGCAAGCUAAUGGCUACAUCGCGCGCGUGCAGUGUGCCGAGGUCUGGUGUCCAAUGACGCCAGAGUUUUACAGGGAAUACCUCAUACAAAAAAUUAACAAAAAGAUGUUGCUGUACGUUAUGAAUCCAUCGAAAUUCCGCGCCUGUCAAUUCUUAGUUCGAUACCACGAGAGACGAGGCGACAAAACCAUAGUGUUCUCAGACAACGUGUUCGCUCUACGACAUUAUGCUGUCAAAAUGAACAAGCCAUACAUCUACGGACCCACGUCACAGAGCGAGAGGAUCCAGAUUCUUCAGAACUUCAAAUUCAACCCUAAAGUGAACACUAUAUUUGUCAGUAAAGUGGCCGAUACAAGUUUUGACUUGCCUGAAGCAAACGUCUUGAUCCAAAUUUCGUCUCAUGGCGGUUCACGAAGGCAGGAAGCUCAACGUUUAGGACGUAUUUUGAGAGCCAAAAAAGGAGCAUUAGCUGAGGAGUACAACGCGUUCUUUUACACAUUGGUCUCACAAGACACGCUCGAAAUGGCUUACAGUCGAAAAAGACAGCGGUUCCUUGUCAACCAAGGUUACAGUUACAAGGUAAUCACGGAACUCAAAGGAAUGGACACGGAGCCAGACAUGUUCUAUGGCACCCGAGAAGAGCAAGGCAUGUUACUUCAACAGGUCCUGGCGGCGUCCGAGACGGAGUGCGAGGAGGAGCGCGAGGGCGGGGCGGGAGGCGCGGGGGGCGCGGCGCGGCGCGGGGGCGCGCUGUCGUCGCUGGCGGGCGCCGACGACGCGCUCUACCUGGAGCACCGCCGCGCCAACAACCUGCAGAAGCACCCGCUCUUCAAGAAGUUCCGAUACUAGCAGGCGCGCACAUAAGAAUGAAAGCGAGGGCGGAAUUCCGGAAUGGGCGAUAGUGGAGCUUCAAGGUCUUAUUCAGACAAAGAAGCAGGAAAACAGCAGUGCUACUGUAGUUGGCGAUAUGCAUUACUUUAACAGAAACCGACAUCCAGUUUUAGUACUUGGCCACCACAUUCUAAACGGUAAAGAAGUUAAGCUAGAGCAUCCGAUGGCAGUAUUCGAAAAAAUCGUCAUUGAAGACAGAACUAGUUAUAAAGUGAGGGCUGUGGUCAAAAAGAAAAUAUUAUUUAAGUCAAGACCGAAACCCAUUAUAUCCAAUGUUUCAGACAAGGUGUGAAAA